AUGUCCGACAGCACAUCCCAACCGCCAGACACCAAGAUGGAAGUGACCGACGACCUCGAUCAGGCCGCGGACAACGAAAUCAACCACGACGCGACACAAGCGGAUGCCAUGAACCUCGAUGGCGCGAACGACGACGCGCCUGCAACGAACGGGGUGCCAGACGCUGCCGCAACGUUCGAGCAGCGCAUACCUGUAAAGAAGGACGCCACGUUGCGCGAGUUCCUAGGCAAGAUGGACGAGUAUGCGCCUAUAAUUCCAGAUGCGGUCACCAACUACUACUUGACACGUGCCGGCCUUCCUCCGCCACCUCAAACAUCGCAGCACCUUGCCCGCCUCCUGGCUCUUGCGACACAAAAGUUCAUUGCGGACAUCGCCGCGGACGCGUACCAGUUCUCGCGCAUUCGGUCAUCAAACACCACAAGUAACAACCCCAUGGGUGGACUCGGCGGCGCAGCAGGAGCACCAGGUGCAGCGGCACCUGCGCAAGGCGGUAAAGACAGUGGAUCGAAAGCCAAAGACUACAACCUCGGCAUCCAGAGGCCAGGCUACGGCGGCGGUGGACAGGGCGGUAGCCAGGGCCGGACAGUGCUUACCAUGGAGGAUCUCGGCAUGGCUGUUGGGGAGUACGGUGUCAACAUUAAGCGCGGCGAGUUCUACCGGUGA